AUGACUGUGUAUGGUCUUCUCCUGUCUGCUUCGGGGCAUACCGAAGUACUUUGGCCGCCGUCGUUGUGUUUCUUCCAGUCAGGCGUGACUGACAACAGAGAAUUCAGUUCUUCAGCAUUCAAAGGACGCAAGAACAAGAGACAAAGUGGCUUGAUCAUGACCACCCAGCAUCGCCAAAGCUGCUUGGCAGUUCGGGUAAUAUCUCCUCUGGGGUCGAGCCUGGCCUUUGUCGAGGGCAGCGGUACCCGAUGGGCUGCCUCAAAUGACGAGAACAGCAAUAGCGGCGCAGCAGCCCAGGUACCAGGGGAAGACCAUCCCCUGAUACAGAUCCCCGGCUGGCGAGGCAUGAUUCAAGAAGAGAGUCUGAAGCAUAGCUCCGUAGACUUCAGAUCUGCUUGGGCGCGACAAGUCGUCUUCAAGCCGUGGCUUCUGAAGCAGAUCCCCAGUUGGGCUAGUAAGGCUGCGCAUUGGCACAAGGAAAAGGCGGCAGCCGAUUGGGCGGCUUCAGGGUUAAGGACGUCAUGGUACUAG